AUGAGUACCGCCACAACCUUUGUCGUCUGCGUCAUCGGAUUCGCUGCCCUGGUGCUGGAGCCGGUGGGGGCCAGAACCGCACAAAAGGAUUUGGAGGCCUUGGCCAUCAUCAAGGAAGAAGUGAGAGACCGCGACGAGUACUGGAGGGGUGUCGUGGACAAGUGGAGCGGAGGGGGUCCAAAUGGUGAAGACGAUCCUUGUGGGCUGAGUUGGAGGGGAAAUUGGGAGGGAGUGGAGUGCAGGGGGCAGGACGACAAGCCAUGGGAGGAGGAUCGCGUCGUGACAAACAUCCACAUCACGGACACCCAAGUUGGCGGCCCAAUUCCUCUGGGCAUGAGCCUCCUCCAUGACCUCAUCGAGUUUGACAUGGAUGGGAAUCGGCUUACUGGGCCGCUCAUCCCUCAAAUAGCAUGCAUGCCCAACUUGGGUGAGCUUGACCUUGCCAACAACUCCAUCUGGGGUCCCAUACCAACAGCGUGGAGAGGAUUGACAAAGCUGGAGGAAGGCGAGCUGGAGAAGAACCCCGAGCUGACCGGAUGCAUUCCCAAAGGGAUGCCCCCGGUGACAACAGUCUGCCCGCCCGAGCUGGCUUACUGCGAGCUGAUUGGAACGCUCACGGACCAAACCGGAGUGUGGGGAUUCUGCGAGGACUAUCCAGACGUCAACCUGUGGUGCCCAACGCCUGAAGAGGUCAGGGAGUUCAUCAGGAACGGGAAGGACUACGACUCGCUCGUGGACAGGGAGUCGAUGUCCACGACCCCAAAGCCAGCUGGUUUCAUCGGCAACGCUGGGCCAAUAUAUUCCGAUUCCCCGUCCGAGCCCACAGGACAGGCAGCGCCAGCCCCUCCCCCACCGGAGCCCAGGGGCAUUCUGGGGAGGCUGCUCUCCGACUUUGGGGUGACCUUUGGAUAG